AAUCAUGCGUGCAGUCUGAACACACUGAUAACAAAUUGUGGGCGCUCAGUGAUUUUUUUGACACCCUUUAUCUGUGCGCAACGUGCGUAAAGGGACUAUUACUGGACUGGUCAUGAGGGAUAGGGAUGGGCGAGUCUAUUGCAAAGUUAUCAUCUCAUCAUAGUUAUGAAAGAGUUGUUGAAGGCUAUCUCUUAGGCUUUUUUAAAGGUGAUAUCGGCCUAUACCAUUUUCAAUUCUGCACUUCAGUCAGUUACUUUAAUGACAAUGAAUGAUAAAGAUCUCAAAACAGUUUAGAGCUUAAACCACAAAUGUAAUGGUGUUAAAUAUUUCCGAUGCGGUAUCACGCGUUAUUCCGUUUGUGUCUGUCAGUAUCAUGCGGUUCCCUUCCGCACGAGAAAGGAGGAGUUCGAGAACAGCCUUUAAGGAACACACUGUCAGCGCACGGGUCAAACAUUUACUGACCGUAGACCAACCGGAUCUCCAAAUGUUUGAUUUUCCCCGCUUGCAAUUGGGUAUCAAUGGGCGGCACUCCAAGGAAUAACAUCUCCCCAUCAGUAAAGCUGCGGUGCAGCAUGCGCGCCUUUGCCAAGCACAGUUUGACAGAACAAUUUCGAUUUUAGGAUGAAGAGAACUUACAUGGAUGAUUAUUUGACCGCAUCCGAUAUUUUGGCUCAACACUGAAGUGGGAAUAAAAAGAGAUGUGCAUCAGUGGUCAAUACAAGCUUUAUACGUCUCGUGAAAAUACAACAAACUAUUUUUCAGGACAGCGUAAAGGACCGACUGCAGCUGUGUGCGAGAGGCGGACAUGAACCGUACUUCCCAGCAGCACAGUUUCGUCAUGCACCAUAUGGAGCUGAGUCCCCUCACCAUGUACAUGGACGACAACGCGACCCACAACGCCAGCAAUGGGGAGCAUAACGCCACUGGCUGCGUGCAGAUUCGAAUCCCGCAAGAGUUGUUCCUAACGCUGGGCCUCAUUAGUCUGGUUGAAAACAUUCUGGUGGUGCUGGCCAUCAUAAAAAAUCGCAACCUGCACUCACCCAUGUACUACUUUAUCUGCUGUCUGGCUGUCUCCGACAUGCUGGUGAGCGUCAGUAAUGUGGUGGAGACGCUGUUCAUGCUCCUGAACGAGCAGGGGUUGCUGCAGGUGACCCAAGAUAUGCUGAGACACCUGGACAAUGUCAUAGACAUUAUGAUCUGCAGCUCUGUGGUGUCCUCGCUGUCUUUCCUGUGCACCAUCGCUGCAGAUAGAUACAUCACCAUCUUCUACGCUCUACGCUACCACAGCAUUAUGACCACGCAGCGCGCCGUGGUCAUUAUCGUCCUGGUGUGGAUGGCCAGCAUCACCUCCAGUACGCUAUUUAUCGUCUACCACACCGACAACGCCGUAAUUGUUUGCCUGGUGACGUUCUUUUUCAUCACGCUAGUGUUCACUGCCGUGCUCUACUUGCACAUGUUCAUCCUGGCACACGUGCACUCGCGGCGCAUCAUGGCCUUUCACAAGAGCCGCCGCCAGGCCACGAGCAUGAAGGGAGCCAUCACGCUCACCAUCCUGCUUGGGGUCUUCAUCCUCUGCUGGGGCCCUUUCUUCCUCCACCUCAUCCUCAUCCUCACCUGUCCCAAGACGCCAUUCUGCACCUGUUUUUUCAGCCACUUUAACCUUUUCCUCAUCCUCAUCAUCUGUAAUUCGCUCAUCGAUCCUCUCAUCUAUGCCUAUCGGAGCCAGGAGCUGCGAAAAACGCUCAAAGAACUGCUCAUCUGCUCAUGGUGCUGGCACUUCAGUAUGUGACAGCGGGCCCCAUGUUCACACCUGAAUCCAAACUCUAACCCUGGCAUCGAGCUGACGGAGAUGGUUAAUAAUGGAAGGAGUUGAAAUAGUUUGGGGAGUGGAAGGUUGGCCUCCUCAAAGCGUUGUUGUGAUGCCAAUGGUGAAAACGUGUCUGGCCUCAAACGGUCGAGUUGCGUUUCUUUGUUGAUCUACCGGGAAGGAAUUCAGGAUAGCGGGACAUUGCAGUUUGUGCAUGUUGCGCUUAGGAUCGUAGCUUUUUCUAUGGCUGAGGCUCUGGGCCUAAGACUUUAAGACACAGUAUCAAUUAAAACUAUCUCAUUAUAAUGAUCGUUUCCGUCCAACUGCCAAGCGGAGCUCUCUUUAAGAAUAUCCUAAUGAACAUUUGACUGCCACGGGUCCAGUUUUCUCAGGGAACGAAAAUACUAACUUUUAUUGCUAUAUGUUGAGUUGGAAAACAUGG